UCAAAAACGUCAAAGAAUCUAAAAGAUGUCUUUCAGGAACCGCGACAUUAUGUUACGCGCAGGUGUUUUGUGGGGAAAAGCGGGCUUUGUGACACGUGUAUCACUAAGAAACCGCACAAUAGAAGGACAAGUUUCAUCUGGUCGAAUGUCUACCGAGCUUGAUUUGUUCGCUAUUUUAUUCACGCGUAAUAGCUGCAUCUUCUGGAAAACUCGUUAGAGGGAAAUUGCAACACUCUGGUGAAAGAGGAUGACAGAGCAUAACGAAAAGUAUAAAAACAAAAUUCAUGGUCAGGUAGUGACGUAAUGUCAAAUACAUAAUGCUUUUUUCUUUCGCCGGCUCAUACAUUAAAAAGCGCUCUUCCAAGAAUUAGUAUUUAGCUUCCUUUAGAAGAAUUACAGGGUGCCUAUAUAAAAAGUUUUGCUCUAUCUUUAAAAGAACAGCAUUAAUUUCGAAUUGAUUUGAUAGACAUUCGUUUUGAACUUUGAAGUAGUAAGUGAAAAUUUUGAGGUUUGUUUCACAGAUAGAACGGCAUGAUGUUGGAAUACGGAGUGGUGACUCUAGCCAUUCUAUUUUUGACAGUGAGCAGCGCUCCUUUGAUACGAAAUGGUGAAUACAUCGUGCCAAACGACACUGCUCAGUGUGCAAAUGACCUCAUAGACUGGUGUCAGGGAAUGACAUACCCGAAAAAAGGAGCUGGUAUAUCCAUGAUGUCUGUCAGCAUUUCAGAACCAAGUGGAAUGGUUCGAUACUUCUGUGUAUCAGAUUCCGAAGGUACAAACUGUACCAAGAAUGGAGAAUCAUGGAUUGCCUGUUCCAAUGAUAACCAGUUCUCUUACAAGGGAAAACCAAUCACGAAAGAUUCAUCUGAUGGCACUGAAGAAGGCAUAUGCAAAACAGCGGACAUGGCUUUUAAUAACCUUUUCAUACAAAAUCUAGCAGUCGAUAAUACAACAUUAAAUGAAGAAGUUGAGAAAGGAAUGGAAAUGAUGUUCAAGCAGCUAGCAAUAGUGAAAGAACAAAUGGAAGCAAUGACGAAAUGGUUUAAUAACCUUUUCAGACCUGGUUUUCCUUAUGAUUUCGAUGAUCCCAUGAGUCCUGGUGACACCAGUUCCCCACAAGGAAAAAAUCAAAUCGAAAGAGAAGAAAAGAAGCGAUGAUCAAUUUUUAUAGAAAAGAAAAGAUAUAAACACUUUGUAGACACUGCUUUAUAAUGAUGACUGCACUAUGUUUUCUCUUUUUGCCGAUGAUGCUACAUAACUAAAUUGCACAAAGAAUUUGCGAGAUGUCAGUGAUUCGACGUUCUAGAGGAUCAAUAUCCUUGCUGCAUGUACCUUCGCUUCGAAGAUAUGAAAGCUUGACUUUCAGUGUAACAACCUUACAAAUCAAUUUAAGGAAUGUUGACAGAUUUUGUUUUUCAGUGAAGCUUUAUUGUUUCAGUUUAUUCCAUAUAGAUGUUUGGACUUCAUCGUCACUCAGAUAAUCCAUCGCUGAAAGAUAAAAGAGGAAAUGUAAUGAUUUAUGCAUAGCAUAAUACUCAUAGAAUCAGAAUAUUAAUCAUACUACUUAAUUGAUUGAGAAAAUAAGAAAAUUCUGUAUAUAAUUGGAGGUUGAUAAAAUAAAGAGAUAUCAUUAAAUA